GAAAAGCUAUUAGUAGAGUAAGAACCCGUUUAGAUAGCUAAAGAUAAUAAAAGGCUGCUAAAAAAAGCUCUAACUGAUUCAAACAACACGGCUUGUGGCCAGUGUAGAGUCCAAUUUUCAACUAUCCAAGCACCCAGCUUAUUAAAAGAUUUGAGAGGGCUUCCCCAGCUACUACAGUUUAUAAUGAACUGGGAGGGUCCAAACUGGGCUUAAGUUGUUCAAAAUUAUGUGUAUUACAGCAUGCUACUAGCUAGCUGAAGGAGUUGUCCUAAGCUGUAGGUUGCACUUAAACCUACAAUUAAAAUUCAUAAUUCGUUGUUUACAUUUUGAGCUUUCCUCUACCUAUCUCUCGGAUGUCGGUGAAAUCUGAAUAAGCUUGUAGCAUGCAAUAGUCGUAGUCCCUAAGUAGCUGUAUUUCUAGUUUGGGUUUGGGAUCAAUAGAAGCAGAGAAAUGCCUAUUUUCCAAAGAACUGUGCUCAUAAAAAAAAACUAAAGUUUCAUUUCAAAAACGUAAAUUCCAGUAAUUUAGAAAUUCUAAAUGCAGUCUCCAAAUUUAUGACCCUUUUACGAGUUACGAAGUUUUGCAGAAAAGGAUGAUCUUAUGCUACUUUCGGAUAGUUUUGUCCUUGAGUUUGGAAACAAAAAGUUAGAAGCACAGCUCAAGGCCUGGCAAGCGAGCUUUCAGAGCAAGCAGGCUGGCCCAAAAGCACAAAAGCACGCAGACCACCGACCCUAAAGGCCCAAAUCCCCUAUCGGCUCAAAGAGCUUCGCAAUGGGCCCAUAACUUGAAGCCAACAGCCCACGGCUCACGUCGCACCCUUCACGCACCCUCUCCUCUGUUCCCUCUCCCUCCAUCAUAGUUCACAGCGCCUCGCCGCCGCCGCCGCCGCCGCUAGCCUCGCUUGCUCCAACCCCAGAACGCGAACCCUCUCCGCCUCCGCCGUGUGCGUCCCGCACGUCCUCGAAAGCUCAAACCUUGGAGGAGCCAGGGAGGCUGCAACCCUCUCCGCCACCCUUUGCCGCCGCCGCCGUCAUCCUCACAGCAGGAUGGGGAAGCGCAAGCCCAUGCCUUCUGCCGCCGCUCGAGGAGCCAAGAGCCGGCCGAAGAGGCCAAGGUCCGCGAAGCAGGGAGCCGAGAUACGGGAGGAGAAUCCCCAACUGCCGGAGCACGACGACGCUGAAACUGUAGAUACUGAACCUAGAGCGGCGGAGACUGUUCAGCAUGAGAAAAAAUCCAACGGGGGCUUUCAAGGCGUAGCGCAGAGUGAUGAAGAUGACACAGAAGAUGAGCUAGACGCUCCUAGUGGUGAUGAGCCAGGUGAUACGAUAAACAAGGGAAACCAUUGUUUCGAUGAAACAGAGACUUCAUGUUCAUUUCAUCGUCAUGUAAGCCGCGUCAUAACAAAUGAAGAAGUCAAGGCAUUGAUAAAGCAGAACUCUAAAUUUAAAUGGGAAAUGCCUGCUGUGGACAUUCCAAGGUCCAAAUGGGUUGGAACAGGGGGAAAAAUGCAGGAAGCUUCUGAUGAUCAUCUUCAUGAUGUCAAAGGAAAGUUGAGAGAGCAUUGGCAACAUACGCUUUCUGAUCAUUUAAAUUCUCGAAUGAGCUUCUUCUCUCUUUGUAAUAGUUAUCGUGACAUAAUGCAUUGUAAUAAGAAGCCAUUUUAUCUGAAACGUAAUGGUGUGGAUUCCAGUACUAUGGACGCAUAUAUUAUGCAUGCUUUGAAUCAUGUUCAUAGGACACGAGAUGUUGUCAUUAGAAAUGACACAAAGCUUAGGAAUGAUGCUGACAGAGAGAUUUCGGAUGAUAACACAUACCUUGAUCAGGGUUUUACGCGCCCAAAGGUUCUUUUCUUGUUGCCACUCAAAAGUUUUGCACGACGCAUUGUGAAGAGAUUGAUCCAGCUUUCCCCGUUGCAACAAAAGAAUGCCAUGGGACCAUUUAAAAAGGAAUUUGGUGAAUCAGAUGAUGAAAUGGAGGUGCCUGAACAUAGCACAAAACCUGCAGACUUUGACCUUCUUUUUGCUGGAGAUAUUGAUGAUCACUUUCUUUUUGGCAUAAAAUUAACGAAGAAAUCUAUCAAGUUGUACAGUAACUUCUAUUCUUCUGAUAUCAUAGUUGCAUCUCCUUUAGCGCUUAAACGUAAAAUUGAUGGAGAACAUGGCAAGGAAAAGGAUUUUGAUUUCCUAUCAUCAAUUGAAAUAGUGGUUGUCGAUCAUGCAGAUGUGAUAUCUAUGCAGAACUGGGCGCAUCUGGAGGCCGUGUUUGAGCAUCUUAAUCAUUUGCCAUCAAAAGAACAUGGAACCAAUGUGAUGCGAAUUAGGCCAUGGUACUUGGAUCAGCAUGCACAGUACUAUCGGCAGACAAUUCUGUUGAGCUCAUAUCUUACACCAGAGAUUAAUGCUUUAUUCAAUGGAUUAUGUUUCAAUUAUGAAGGAAAGAUUAAAAUGGUGACCGAGUAUGCAGGUGUUCUUCCGAAAAUACAACUUGAAGUGCGGCAGGUGUAUGAACGGUUCGAUGCAUCUUCUAUUGCUGAAGCUGACGAGGCCCGCUUUGAUUAUUUCUGCAACAAGGUAUAUCCAAAGAUUCAGGAGUUGGAUGAGGAUGGAUUGUUGCUAUUUGCUAGUUCGUACUUUGAAUAUAUUCGAAUAAGCAAUUUCUUAAAAUCUAAGGAAGCGUCUUUUUGUCGAAUUGGAGAGGCGACAUCACAACAAGACAUAUCUCGUUCAAGACUCUGGUUUUUUGAGGGCAAGAAAAAGAUCUUGCUUUAUAGUGAAAGAUCUCACUUCUACCACCGAUAUAAGAUCAGGGGUACAAAACAUUUGCUAAUUUAUUCAUUGCCAGGGAGAAAAGAAUUUUAUCCAGAGCUUGUAAAUAUGCUAGGUGAAUCAGAAAACCGAAAGUGCAAUGUCCUUUUUUCACGUCUGGACCUUCUUAAGUUAGAGCGGAUCGUGGGGACAUCUUCUGCACGAAGGUUGAUUUCCUCGGACAAGAGCAUGUUUGUCUUCUGCUAAUGUAGCCAUGUAGUAGCCUGGUAGGUGGCCAUGUGAGCGAUCAAGUUUUGUGAUCUAGUUUUGUAGGCGCUACGUGCUCUUAUGGACUAUUUUUCCGUUGCAAAGUGGAGGUGCUAUUAUGUGACUAGCAAUCUUGCCUUCGCAGCGCUCUUUCCAUCGCAUAGUCGGGUAUCAAUCACCCUCAGAAUCCAAUGUAGAAUUGGGGCUCAACAGAAGGAAAAUCUCAUAUGGUUUGUAAUGCUCAACUGCUGGAUGUGAUCUAUGGUCGAGCAGUCACUGCCUCCAUUGAUUGAUUUACCAUUAGAAAGAAAAAGGAAUGACUAAUUUAUCUCAACAAAUAUCUUUUUAGGCAUGUGUUA